UGCUCGCAGGCGCUGGGGGAGGAGAAGGACAGAAAUGUGGGGGUUUUGUCAGGAACGUUUUGGGACAGUGGAGAGGAAGCAGACUGCACAAACAACCCCUGAACUUGUCCAAACAUCUCUCUGGGACUGACGGAAGUGUUACGGCCGUCUUGACUUCCUGUUUCAUCUCGACUGCUGGGAUUCUUUUGGCCACCAUGUGCUUGAGUGUGACAGCUGGAGUGUUGCUAUUGGGUUUAUCAGCAGUACGUUCAUGUUUGAUAAUCAGCGAAGUGAAUUGUGAUAAUCCCAGAUUUGACACCAAAGAAUUUGUCGAGUUGUUCUCUCUUAGCGGUGGCUCCACCUCUCUGGAUGGCUACACCCUCGUUUUCUAUAAUGGCAAUGGCAAUGUGGCGUACCGCAUCGUGGACCUGAGCAGGCACAGCACGGACGAACGAGGAUUCUUCCUCAUUGGCUCGGCUGAGCUCAAGCCAUCGCCGGCCAUCCAACUUCCACCAAACUCCAUCCAGAACGGCCCUGAUGCGAUCGCCCUGUACGGCCCAUCCUGGGUUCCUGUAGCCGAGAACGGCAAUGUUUCUGCUAUUGGGCUGCUUGAUGCCGUAGUUUAUACGUCUCGCCGGGCAACCAGCACCGCCGGGACGUUGUCCCGAGUCCUCACGCCAGGUUCUUUACCAUAUGUUGAGGAUGAUCAAUUUUUAGAGGGAGACGAGUCCAUCCAGAGGUGUUGGCUUUCUGAUGAUUACUACAGCUUCCAAAACGCCGUGCCCACCCCUGGACGGCCCAAUAUCUGCCCGCCGUCAAACCCCGGACAUCUAUGGAUUAACAAGAUCCAGUUGAGUGGAGGGGCACUGACUGGACCUGUCGAGAUCAGCGUUGGGACAGAAAGAGGGCCGAUGACAGUGGUGGUGUAUAACGUCCAAACCGACACCGUGAAGACCAGUGUAGGGUUUCAGGCCAGCGAAUCUGGGACUGUCUCGGUCAAUUUGACCACGACUGCUUUGUCGGAUUUAGACGGCUGGGCGUUGGCAGUGUACCAGGGGAAGGUCGAAGAUUUCCAAAAGGGCAGCCCACUCAAACAACUUCAGCCAUUUGAUGCCUUUGUCUGCAGCGGACUUGCAAACACCCCAAGCACCGUUCUCACCGAGACUCUCAUCCCAGGCAGGAAAGCCUUCGAGCUCAACAGCAGGUUUUCAGAAGUCGAUUCUUACGUCACCCGGUGUGGUACGGCUCACUGGGCGAGAGAUCCCGGCGUAUUUCAGCAUCAGAUACAGAGACCGAGCGAGUCCAGCCACUGCCGCUGGUAUAACACCUGCCCUUACAGCACUGCCGUUAACGCGACAGAGGAACCUUUCGAGCCGUGGUCGGGUAUCGAUGGCGACUUCCUGAUCAGCGAGGUGAAUGUGGACUCCCCGGGUUCAGCGGAAGAUGAGGAGUUUGUGGAACUCUGGCAUCCAUCAGGCCACCGGACUUCACUCAGUGGCAUCUGGGUGCUGCUGAUCAACGGCAACAACGGGAAAAUUUACCGUGAAAUUGAGCUCCACGGACACUACACAGAUAAUCACGGCUACUUCCUGAUCGGCAGCGAAAAGCUCAAUCCGCAGGUUGCCCUACCAGCAAAUACCAUCCAAAACGGCCCAGACGCCAUAGCGAUAUACCGCUCGACGUAUCCACCCUCUGUCGAGAAUGUUAUUGUUCCCAGGAAUGGGCUCCUGGAUGGCAUGGUGUACCGAUCCCGGAGUUCAGACAGAGAUUGGGCGGAUCUCAUUAAAGCUCUGACACCAGGACAGCUCCCCCUGCUGGAAGACACCGCGGCACAGGAAGGAGACGUGAGUCUUAGCCGAUGUGGACUAAACCGACUCGACCUGAACUCCUUCAGGGUCUCGUCUCCCACACCGAUGAAGGACAACGAUUGUCCUCGUCCCCCUAAAGAGCUAGUCAUUAACGAAGUGGGCGGAGUCUUCGGAGACAGCGUCUACGUGGAACUGAUUGGUCCACCUUUGGCUCCUUUGCACGGACUGGUCAUAGUGCUGUAUGAGCUCAGCACUGCAAGACACGUGAUUCCGCUAGAAGGAAGUCUCGGAAGUGAUGGAUUCUUCCUGCUGGGUAACAAGUCUCGAGCUGAUCAGAAUUUGCCUGCCCUGACGUCUCUCGGUGCGGUCUGGUUGUGUCGCGGCCUGCCGAGCAUCUGUAGCAACGAAUCGAAAGUUCAGGACCUGUUAGUUCUCUCGAAUAAUUCAAGUCUGCAUCCUUUUCUCCACGGAGUUACGUAUCGGGUCGUGCACCCAGUGGCCAGUUUUGACUCUGUCUCUCGCUGUGCAAUGAACCGAUCUGACGUCUGGACUGCCUCUGACUCAACACCCCGCCUCCCAAACCUCUGCCCAAGCCCCGCCCACUCUGUCCACGUGAACCUGUGUCUCCAGGCGGAGUCUGAUUCUCACAUUACAUGUACACCUGAGGGAUUUGCAGAGUUGUUAGAGCUUUCCUGUCAGUGUGGAAUCUCUGGUGCUCAUCUUGCAGGUGUGAAUUUAACCUGCGUAUCCAAGAGCUUGUACGCAGAAGGUCCUGUAUUUGCACAAUCCAAUCGCCAGAGGGAGCUUGUGGCCCAGGUACUGCAGAAAACGCAGACACACUCCUGCAGCGGAGUCGGGGAACGGCUGUACAAUAAAGAGUCCUCGCUGGGGCUGCAGGUGGGGCUGGUGUUAACGGCGGUGCUGCUGUGUGCAGUGGGAGGAGCCGUCGUCUUCUACCUGUACAAGAAAAAACGGCCUCAAGACUACUAUUCAAUGGAGCUGAAUGAACACGACUCGCCCGUGGAUCUCUAGCAUUUGUUUGUGUGUGCGUGCAUUUUUUUUUUUUUUUUAAAGGAAGUCUACAACCCC